AUGGGCGCAGUCGUGUCUUGCUUCCAAAGCGUGGUACACGCAAUAACUUCGUGCUUCAUGGCCGUCGUUAACGCUAUCGUCGCUGUCAUCAAGGCCAUCAUCAGCGGCAUUGUUGCUAUCUUCUACGCCAUCGCAUCCGUUCUGACCUGCGGCAAGGUGAAGCGCCGUAGAGCUACAACCAGCGCGGUAUAA